GGCGAAUGCAAUUUGCAUGCAAAUCCAUUAGAGAAUGCUAGUCGACUUCUUGACGACCUUCACUCCACUAAGAUAAUUGUUCUCGUGAUUGCUACCCGAGUCAAAAAAUUUGGGUCAUCCUCAGAAAUUCCCAGCCGUUGCCGUAUUCAUAGCCUGUACAUUCGACUAUCGCCUUGCCAUCAAAAUGCCCAAGGGAAAGUGGAUUGACAAGAAAACUGCAACGCACUUCACCCUAGUGCAUCGACCUCAAAAUGAUCCUCUCAUACACGAUGAGUCUGCGCCAUCCAUGGUGCUCAAUCCGACACAACUUCCUAAUGCUUCCGGCAAGGUGAAGAAGUUGGAUGACCUGGCAUCAGAGCUCGGGUCAGAUGCUCUCAGUAUCCGUGACAAUGAAGGAGAAGCCGCCAACUAUGGUGUAUACUUUGACGACACCGAGUAUGACUACAUGCAGCACAUGCGCGACCUUGGCUCGGGUACUGGUGAGGCGGUGUUCAUCGAGUCGACGGCUGGGCAGCAGAACAAGGGGAAAGGAAAGCAGAAGCAAUCACUGGAGGAGGCUCUCCGCGAAAUGGAGCUCCAGGACAAAUCAAGCGACUUGCUUGAUGCCGAUAUACUACCCAGCAAGGAUCUGACCCGUGCAACAUAUCAGUCGCAACAGGAUGUACCGGAUAUGAUUGCGGGUUUUCAGCCCGACAUGGACCCGAGGUUGAGAGAGGUCCUCGAGGCACUUGACGACGAGGCUUAUGUGGACGACGAUGACGACAUCUUCCAGCAACUGUCAAAAGACGCGAAGGAGCUCAAUGAGCAUGAAUUUGACGACACAUACCCGGACGAGUACGAUGAUGGCUGGGAGUCUGAUGCCACAGCAAAGCCAACCAAGGAGUUCCGUGAUGGCGAUGAGGCACCGCAGCUAGUGGAUACGAACGCACAACCAACGGAAGGCCCAUCGCAAGAGUGGCUGGAGGACUUUAGGAAGUUCAAGAAGGACCAGGGUGGCGAGGGUAGGAGUAGGGGAGGCCCAGGUGCAGGCUCAGAGAUCCAGUCGUCAAUAUGGACCACCACAACAUCAGGUGGCAGACGCAAGAAGCGCAAGGGUGCUUUGACCGACAAAACCGGCUUUUCGAUGACAUCCUCGUCGCUGGUCAGAACCGAAGGCCUGAGUUCACUGGACGCUCGAUUCGACAGGAUAGAGGAGGAGUACAACGCCGAUAUGGAGUCUGAGCUAGGUUCUGUUUCUGGCGUCUCAAUGGCAUCCAGCGUGACGGGACCGAUGCGGCACGAUUUUGAUGGCAUACUAGACGAUUUUCUUGGGAAGCAGCCAAACAACAAAUCAGCUGCUGGAAAAAGGGGCAAGAAACAUUACAAAGGAGGACUUGCUGAGCUUGACGAGAUCAGGAAAGGUCUCGGGCCUGCAAGGAUAUCAACUCGUUGAGAUUUGGUGUGAAUGUGACAUAGUCUUUGGUCGCGUGAUGUCAAAUCUACUUAAUGAAGUUCUGGUCAAAGCCCGUGCUCGUUGGCGUUUCUAGACUAGACCAGGUCGUUAAUUGUCAAGAUUAAAUGAACAAAGA